CCGGCGCCGGCGUCGGCGUCGGGAGCGGCGCGCGUGGAGACGACGACGGCGCUGCCCGAGGACACGGCGACGACGGCCACGACGCUGCCGGCGCCGGGCGACGGCGAGCCGCCCACGCCCACCGACCCGGCGGCGCCCGGCCCCGCGCCCGCGCCCUCCGUCAACACCUUCCUGCGCAUCACGGUGCAGACGUCGUGGGAGAUCCUGUGCCGCGACCGAGAGGCCUUCCGCGCCGCGCUCGACCACAUGGCCUCCGAGCGCUUCGGCAAGAACGUGACGGUGGUUGUGGCGGGGCUGGGGUCCGGCGCGGGCGCCACCGAGUGCGAGCGCAUGCACGUGGACUCCACGGGCGAGACGCGCCUGCUGCCCGUCACCGUCUACCUGCUGGACGAGCGCGGCCGCUUCGACAAGCAGCUCGUCGAGUCCUUCUACAUGGUGGUGUCGCAGCCCCAGCAGCCGUCGCCGCUGCAGAUUACACGUGUUGAUCUGAUGUAUGGACCACUUCCCACCACAAGUUCAGACAGUAAUGCUGGUGUCAUUGCAGCCAUAACCAUAUCCUGUGUAGGAGCAAUAUGUUUAUUGCUCCUAGCUGCCCUGCUGAUCAUAAUGAGGAAGAGACAAAAACGUUUCAACUAUGGUCAACGUUGUACUCCUGUCUCUCUUGAUGCUUACAGCUUAGACAGUGUAUCAGUUUAUGACAGUGUAAGGAGGAAGGGAGCUCUAAGAGCAUCUAAACGUUCUUAUGGGAACCCAGCAUUUGAUGAUCCUGGGGCACCUUCACAUCCAAUGAACUUCGCAGGCCUGGCAAAUUUCAGCAGUGACAGAGCUGCAUUGGAGGAAGAAUUUGAAAUGGUUCCUCAAGUGACCCCAAAAUCAGAUGAGCUCCCUGAAGGAGCAGAAACAAAGAAUCGUUAUUCAAAUGUGAUUCCUCUUCCAGAAACCAGAGUACAACUCUCAUUGGUUGAAGGAGAGCAACUUUCCGAUUAUAUCAAUGCAAACUACGUAAAGGGUCCUAAAAAUGAGAACAAGUUCUACAUUGCUUGCCAAGCACCAUUACCAUCAACAGUUACAGACUUUUGGCGUAUGAUAUGGGAGCAACAAAGCAAAGUUAUUUUGAUGCUGACAGAUCUUGUAGAAAAUGGAGUUGAAAAAUGUGCAGAUUAUAUGCCACCUUCUGAAGUAUUGGAUUGUCAUCGAUUAUUUGGUGACUUUCAAAUUACUCUCAAGAAAAGGGAAGAAAGAGAAAAGUAUGUGAUUUCAACUCUUCAAUUGAAGAACCUAGAAACCAAUUCAUGGAGAGAAGUGACUCAUCUCUGGUAUCUCAGCUGGCCGAAUCAGGGAGUUCCAGAUGAAUCCAAUUCCAUAAUUGCAUUCCUUAUUGAAGCUCGCCCUUACAUGCGUUCCAACACUGGGCCAACAGUUGUCCAUUGCAGCCCAGGGACAGGACGUACAGGAACAGUUUUGGCCUGUGACAUUUGCAUCAGAGACUUCGAACAGACAAGAAUGGUGGAUAUUCCCCGUUGCGUUUAUCGUUUGCGUAGAGACAGAGCAGGAGCAGUUAAGACUAAGGAUCAAUAUGUCUUUAUAUACCAGGUCCUGAACACUUAUGCCACAAAACUGACUGGAGGUGGAGGCAGCCUUGACUCUAUAUGAAAUUUGAGACUGGAAACUAGGAAAGCAAAGACAUGGUGGUUCAUUCCAAAGAUUCCAUAGAUAUGGAGGGACCAAUAUUUUAAGACAAGUGUGACACUUCUAAAGAAGUUCUUAGGUAAGAUUCAAGAAAUAACAGUACGAGGCAUACCAAAAAAAUAAAAUAAAAUAAAUGAGCAGGUACUCAGAAUUUCCUAAAAUAAGUGGCUAACAAUGCAGUGUACUUUUAAGUGUGUUUGCACAAAAUUAUUCAAAGCCACAUUAUUUGAAACUAUGCUCUCUACACUGUGGAUGUGUAUUUAUUGUUUUACUGAAUUAAUAAGUAGUUUUAAUCAUGAGAUUAAAUGUAAUUUAUUUGUUCCUAGAAGAAUCUGUGUUAGUGUAGGGAUAAAUAAAAUUUUGACCACUAGAUCUGAUUACCAAAGUGAUGAUUCUAAGGGGUCUAUCAUUUGUCACUGGUGAUAUCCUGCAGUCAUAAUUACACAUUUGUGGUGCAGUGAUGUUGGUUUAAGAAAUAUAAUUUGUUGUACGUCUAUGUUAUGUACAAAUUUUAAAUGAGGCACUGUGAUGUUUAUUGAAAGAUUGUUAUUUUUAUUUCUAUAGUUAAAAAUAUAUAUUUAUUUGUAUUGUUCUGUUAAUUUCAUAUAUUUUCUGUGAUUUAAUCUUUGCAAUUAGUUAAUGCUUUUAAAUACUUUUCCAUUUAGUACAUUCCAGAUUAUACUUGAAUAAAAAACACAUAGAAGUUAAAGUUACUACCAUUACGUGUUUUAUGCUUGUAGUGACAUUCAGCAAAGUUGAGUGACAGUUCUAUUCUAUCAUCAGUAUGUUUUCAAUUACUAUCUCUUUUAAAUGUAAUUAUACUCAAUGUACUCUAAAUGAAUUCUGAACUUGUAGGCUUAUUUAUGUACAGACUUGCCAAUAAAGCUUCACUCUCUCUGUGUA